CAAACUCUAGUGGUGGAAUCUGCAAAUCUCUGCCAUAAAGGAGAUGGGAACACGAAGGGAAUGAUGGCCCCGUCCCUUUCUCCUUGUAAAUGUUCCACAUCCUUAGGGUGUCUCUGCUUCUCCAGCCACGCCAAUUUGCACUCGGGUUGGUUACUGAUUUGUGUCGAGCAAAGAUGCUGAGUGUGUAUGUGUAUGGCUGUGGCGCACAGGUUAACACUGGGACUGGGAACUUUUUAAUCAUUCGAGGAAAGAGGAAGAAUGGAGGCAGUAGCAUUUUAUAGCGUGCUUGCUACUCCUGGCCAAAAGAACAGUUCUUGCACAACAUUUCCGACGUUUCUAGACUCUUCAUUUUACAUUGUUUUUCUCAGAUAAGCCACACUACAGUUCACUUUAUCUGGAGUAGAGCAGAAAAAUUAUUAUGCCUGUGUUCCCUUGGGACUCAUUGGAAAUUGUACAGUGACAUCUUCUGGGAUUUAGGCUGAAUGAAGUAUCAGAGAAACACUUCCUGCCUGUAGCUGCCUGUCAGGUUAGGAGUGUGCAGACUGGUGCCUAAAAUGGAAGUAGAUGUUAAUGGAGAGUCCAGAAGUACCCUGACCACCCUGCCCUUGCCCGUGGCCGAGGUGAGCUCCCCGGGAAAGGCAGAGGUGGAGAAGCCCCGCUGUUCCAGCACUCCAUGCUCGCCGAUGCGCCGGACUGUGUCAGGCUACCAGAUCCUCCACAUGGACUCUAACUAUUUGGUUGGCUUCACGACUGGUGAGGAACUCCUGAAGUUAGCCCAGAAGUGCACAGGAGGUGAAGAGAGUAAGGGAGAAGCCGUGCCUUCCUUGCGCUCCAAACAGCUGGAUGCAGGACUUGCUCGUUCCUCUCGUUUGUAUAAAACCAGAAGUAGGUACUACCAGCCGUAUGAGAUUCCAGCUGUCAAUGGCAGGAGGCGAAGGCGGAUGCCCAGCUCAGGAGACAAGUGCACUAAAUCUUUACCUUAUGAACCUUAUAAGGCCCUCCAUGGGCCUCUGCCUCUCUGUCUUCUUAAAGGUAAGAGGGCUCACUCCAAAUCUCUGGACUACCUCAAUCUAGAUAAAAUGAACAUCAAGGAGCCAGCUGACACAGAAGUGCUACAGUACCAGCUUCAACACCUAACCCUCAGAGGGGACCGUGUGUUUGCUAGGAAUAAUACAUGAGUGACUUGCAGAGGAUGUAAACCAGUUUAGGUCAGCCUACACUUGGCUAGAAAAUCCAUUGUUGUACUCUGUACAGGACUCUUUACAUUAUAGAUGGUUAAAUCAGCUAAGUGUUCCUGGAACAUAAAAAUUGGAUCAGAUUUUGGAUGCAGGAAUGAAAUCACAGGUACUUGAGGUGAAAUCAUUCUAGAGCACGCAACUGCAAGGAAAACAGAAUGUUGACCAUUAGUUUGUAUCGCUUUUUAGCUGGGAAAAAAAGGCUUUGGUACAGUAAUAUCGUCUUUAAAAUUCUGAUACUCAAAUUGGGAAUGUCAUCUGCUUGGUUGUUGCUGACUUGGUAUGAUUCAUUAGAAAUUUAUAUCUUAAGUACUCAAGUACUUCUUUAAUCUCUGUACUUUACUAUAAAAUAUAUGUAAUGAUUUGUUUUAUGAAAUUUAGAACUUGAACAUUGCUAAAUUGGACCACGUUUUAUUUUUAAAUAUUGAGUUUAAAUAUUUUAUAACUGGUUUUGCACUGAAAAAAAUUAACAUUUCAAAUUGACAAGAGAAUAAUCUUUCUUCACUUGCUUCAAUAAUAUUAUUGAGCAGUGAAUUUUUUAUUUCCGCAUGGAAAGUUGAUCUCUAUGGCUGUAAAAUAUUUCUUUAUAGCGUUAUUAAAGUGUGUCUUAAUAAAAUUAAAUUUGGGGUACAAAGUAUUUAUUUUACAAUGGGUGGGGGGAAACUUUACAGGAAAGUUUCCAAUAUGAAGUUUUCAUAAGUUGAAAAAGUUUCCUUAGUGCUUAUUUUCUAAUUUAAAAUUCAUCUGGAACUUUAAAAUGGAAAGGAUUCUUUAAAUUGUGGAUUAUAGGCAUAAUACUGAUUGCAUCUGAAUGUUCUGUAAGUGAAUGGAACUCUAAUAGAGGAACUCAUGAUUUCUACUUUCAAAUGCUUAAACUAAGUAUGAAGUGAUACCAUUCAGCAUGGCAUCGGGUCAUUUCAGUUUUAGUUCUGUGCAGCACAGGCACUCAUUGAAAUUCCACUUUCUAGGAUUAGUGCAGGAGCCUGAAGUGCUUCUACAGUUUUAAUGGGUUAAUCCUGGAUUACUUAACAAUUUAUGUCAAUUGCACUGGUUUAAUUUGUUGCUAAAGAAAUAAUGCCCUGGCUUUAGUAACAAAUACAGCUCAACUAUUCUUGAAUAUAUUUUGAAAAAAAAUGUAUGUAAUGUACCUUUUGUAAAAGUUUCUAUUUCUUUUUUUCUUUUUUGACUCUUGAAGGUGCAAUUUAUUACUGAAUUGGCAUUUCUGGCAGCAUAGACCUCCUUAUUUUAAAUUUUAUUUUGGGGGCUGUGAGUUUCUAAGGUGUUAGCAAUCUUGCUUAUAAAAUAAGAACACCUUUUAAUUAAAUGAGUGGGUCAUUCCUGGUGCAGUUGUGACUUUUCUUUGGCCAGAAUGAAUGACAAACUCUAUUUAGAGCAGAAUAUGUAUUAGAAAACCCUAGGAACUCUUAAUCAACGUUUAUUAUACUUCCACUGAGGCAAAUCAUGUGAAAGAGCCUCAGGGAAGUUGGCCCAUAUCUUACUGAGUUGAUCAGAUUUCUUGGUGGGCUGGAAAUUUUCAGCUAUUGUACAUUUUAAAGUAAAUUGCACCUUUGUAACAUAUUGUAUUGACGAAUGAUCACUAAGAUUAACUAUAUCUAUACAGUCAUUAGUUUGAAAAGAAAUAGAAUCCUGUCAGAUGCCAAAGAGUUGGGAUUUUUACGUUUAAUGAUUAAACACCAUUAUUUAUUGAUGACUUACCCUGUGGAACUGUAUUAUUUCUAACUAUGAAAUAAAAGGGUGAUAUAAACAC